ACCCCUUUAAUAAAGACUUGUUUGUAUUUUUAACAAAUCUGUGGGUGCUGGAGCUUCCUUCUGGUUUUGCUGAACUAUAGCUUGACACCCAGGUAUUUAAUUUUGUUGGUAAGUGCCUCUUUAUUCAUACACACACACACACCAUGGAGGAGCACAACUUUACAGAAUGCCAUGGCCAAUACAUAUAAUAUUUUAAUUAACCAGUGUAGUUAUAUUUCAGUCAAAAAGUACUGUCUACAUUUACAUUAUACUGUACAUUUGCAACACUAGUACUGUCAAGCUUUAAAACAUUGUCUUCCUUUUUUUAAAGAUUUUUCCACACUUUGAAAUAUCAAUUUUUGGAAGGAAAAGCAAACAUGAGAUUAGAUAUGUUAGUUUGUCUGCUAACUGGCAAAGUUGAGAAAUAUUACAAGCAUUUAACUGAACUUCACAAGGCUGGCCGUAUAUCAAGUUCACAAGAAAAGCAGGACAUUUUCGGUACAGUGGAGAAAAUGAUACAGAAAGGACUUGAAGCAAAUAUUCAUCACAAAGGGGAAGGGAAUUAUUGCAUUCCAUCUGAGAGUCAACCAGCAAAAUAUCACAAUGUAAAUGUAAUUUAUAACAUUUGUGAUUGCUGGUUUUCAUUGAUGGGCAAUAUUUGCAAACACAUUGCAUUUGCCAAAACUCUCCUGUCAAGGGAAAACAUUUCUUUAGACCAGCUCAGAAAGUCUGAAUGUAAUUUAUUAAUAAAAAGAAGAAUGUAUAUCCAGGAAGGAGCAACACUUAUUAUUAACAGAGAUGAUGAAAUGAGCAUAGUCCAUAAGAGUAAGUGCUCUUGUAGGACAAACAGUUUUGGAGAGACAUGUGUAUGCAUUAUGUUUGCCAUUGCUCUAAAAAACUCUACCAGCAAACCAACAAAACAUACAGCAGGUACACUUCAAGCUGUAGAUGAACUAAAAAUGUCCAAACCAGCUAUUCCAUUUCAAGAUACUUUUGAAAUUGAAGAAGAAUUAGACACUGUUACACCAACUGUCCUAUCUACCCAGAAUUUGGUUCAAGAUUUAUAUACAUGGGUUAAUAGCGAGUCUUUUGCUUAUAACAAAGCAUUACAUAACACACUUAAAAAAGCACAUGCAAUUGUCUUUUCAAACUUUGAAACAAAAAGCAGAAAAAAGAACAUUGUUCCCAUACGAUUUCAAAGAGCUAAACUGAGGGAAAACAAAAAUAUUCAUUCAAGCAUUUCUUCUUAUAGAAGGAAAAAAAAGAAUUAUCGUAAAGGGUUUUUUUCUCAAAAGAAAUAAAAAGACACUUUGAACUGUAGGAUGCUUCCUCAAUAAUAUUGCUAAAAACUGUGUAGUAAACUAUAUUGUAAUAAAAUUAUUACAUUUUAUAUCAGAAAAAAGUUUUUUUGUUUUGUAAGAGAAAUGUUAUCUUAUGUGUGUCCCAAGUACACAUUUCAUAUGCUGCAUUCCUAAUUAAUAAGGAAAAAGGCAGUAGUAAAAUCAUCCCAUACACCAAUU